AUUAUAGAAAAAAAUUUUUUAUUUAACUGAUAAAAAUGAGGGACGAAGUGAAGAUGGAUGCAAAUCGGUUAAUUGCCGAAGUUUACAAGCGGCCAGCGCUUUGGAACCAAAGGCAUAUCUCUUAUCAUAAUCGUGAGGUGACGAACCGCGUUUGGAUGGAAAUUGCAUCGAUAUUCAAGUUACCCACUGAGAAAGAUUUAAAUUGUAUAACCAGUAUUAAAAGCAAAAUGGAAAGGUUUGCGAGAUACUUUUCGAGCGGAAUUAAAAAAGGAUCAAGUUUAUCGCAAAAGUAAAUUUCAUCGAAAUAGGCCAGUAUGGAUACAUUUCAAAAGUUUGCAAUUUUUAAA